AUGAGGGGACUUCUUUGGUUUCCGCUCUUGGUCGCGGCCGUUCCUCAAGUAUUCGCCCAACUACCAGUUGAGAAGAUUUACGGCGUUAACCUUGGAUCAUGGCUUGUACUCGAGCCUUGGAUGCUUCCACAAGCUUGGACAAAUAUGGGAGGGCAAAUCUGCUCCGACUGCACACAGUGUAUCGAAUGCGAAUUUGAUUUCGCGAUGGCAUACCCCGACACAGUAGAUGAGAUAUUUGCCGACCACUGGGAUAAUUGGUUCACACAGAGCGACCUUCAAGACCUUAAGAAUGCUGGGAUCAAUACACUGCGUGUCCCGCUUGGGUAUUGGAUCGUAGAAGCCCUCGUUGAAAGACCAGAAGAAAAUUAUCCUCGUGGUGGUCUGGAAUAUUUGGGGAGUGCGAAUCGCCGCGGUUUGGGUUGGAUAAGGGAUGCUGGAAUGCACGCUAUCUUGGAUCAUCACGCCCUUCCUGGAGUGCAAACUCCUGGUCAGAUGUUUACCGGACGAUGCACAGACGACGUCCAGUUCUAUACGCCGCACAAUUAUCAUCGUGCAUUGGUCUGGACAGCUGUCAUGACAACUUUAUCGCACCUCGACCCCCAGUUUUCAAAUGUCUUUGCAAUUGAGGCGGUUAAUGAACCUAUAAUGGACGCUGCGCAAACACCCGGAUAUGGCGAUUUCCAGAAAAACUUUGUGAAGACUAUCCGUGCAAUUGAAACCCUUCUUGGUAUCCGCGUUCCCAUUUACAAUCCAAAUCUUCCGGGUUCCCUUCCAACUACCAAUUUCACUGCGGCUCUCCAACAGGCAUGUUCUUUGUCUCUAUUCGAUGCGGACGUCGUCGAUGCGCUCCAAGAUGCCAUCCCGAUCCUUAUAGGCAUUGGGUCUCAGUAUGGGCUUUCCGGCACUCUUACCUCCGAACCCUUCAACAGUCGCCGUUCACCAUUGGUUACCAGUUUCAUGGACGUUAACUGGCAGUACGACAAUCCGCCUAAUCCGGCAAAUGCCGCUAUUGGCCCUCAGGGAUACGACAACCAUCUCUACUAUUCGUAUGGUGUGGCCGCUGCCGAUCCCACAGCGUACUAUGCAAAGCAUUUGCAAUCUUCAGCGUAUUCAGAUGAUGCUGCGCUUGGCGAUUCACCUCUCUGGUUUGGAGAAUGGGGUCUUUCCACCCAAUUUGUCGCAACCGAUAGCUUCUUGAAACAAUGGGGUGACGCUCAAAAAUGGGCCUAUAGCCAGAGCGCCGGAUGGAUAUAUUGGAACUUCAAGACGGAGGUCUCGGACUUGACAAAUGGGACCGAGCUGGCUCGCCAGUGGUCUUAUCUUGAGGCUCUGAGCAUGGGUUUACUUACUCAGAAUCCCGCUUCUUACUACGAUGACAACGUUUGCCAACCAUACAUCAACAAGACUAGUUCGAAGAGCAGAAGUGUGCCCGCCGCCGUCCUCGAUGCACCUGUUUUAAACCAGUCUGUACCCAAUAACCCGCCUUCGCCGAAGUUAUCUGCCCAUGGGAGAAGGUUCAUGAAGAAGCACCAUUCUUUCUGA